CUCAUUUUCAGUCAUAAUCGGAAUUUAAAGUGAAAAAGACCUUUAAGCAUGAUUAAGUGUGUAAUUUUGUUGAUUAUUUUGACAUCUUCAAUCUAUGACAAUGUUGUUGUGAGCAGUGAAUUAAAUAAGCCGAAUGUCUUGUUCAUAAUGUUGGAUGAUUUUCGGAGUGGAAUUAAAGCAUUAGGCGAUGAUUUAGCAAAAACACCAAAUAUCGAUAAGCUAGUCGAGAAAAGUUUUUAUUUUUCAAAUAUGUAUGCACAGCAGGCACUAUGUGCACCAUCAAGAAAUUCAAUGUUAACAUCCAGACGUCCAGACUCAAUUAUGACAUACAAUUUUCAACAUUAUUGGCGUAGCUUUGCUGGAAACUUUACAACAUUACCGCAAUAUUUUAAAGACAGCGGAUAUAGAACUGAGUCAAUUGGGAAGAUUUUUCAUCAUGGAUCAUCGUCUAAUAAAACUGACGACUAUCCAUACAGCUGGUCUAAUCCAACUUACAUCCCGAGCACUCAAGAAUAUCGGAAUAAGCCAGUCUGUAAAAGUGAUAAUGGAACUCUUAAUAGAAAUUUAUUAUGUGCUGUUGUUGUUGAUUUCCAGCCUGAAUGUACCUUACCUGACAUUCAAUCUACAGAAAAAGCAAUUGAAUUCCUUAAAGAACAGCAUGAAAAGCCUUACUUCUUAGGAUUAGGUUUCUAUAAGCCACACAUUCCAUUCAAGAUUCCAAUUGAGUUCCUUAAGAUGCACAAUGUUGAGGAUUUCAUGAAAAAUCAUCUUCGACCAUUUGACAUUCCACUUGUAGCUUGGAAUCCUUACAAUGACUUACGAGAACGUGAUGAUGUUAAGCAUUUAAAUAUAAGCUAUCCAUUCGGUCCAAUUCCAACAGAGUUUGCAGCUCGAAUACGACAGCAUUAUUAUGCAUCUAUAACUUAUAUUGAUAGCUUGAUUGGACGAGUCUUGAAAUUUGUUGACUUGACUAAUACUGUUGUAGUGUUGACGUCAGAUCAUGGCUGGUCUUUAGGUGAACAUAGUGAAUGGUCAAAAUAUAGCAACUAUGAAGUCUCGCUUAAGGUUCCUUUAAUAAUUUAUAAUCCUAAACUACCUCAAACUAAAGUUGCCAAAAUUAACUACAUAGCUGAACUUAUUGAUAUUUUUCCAACAAUUACUGACGUCGCAGGGCUUCCAAAAGUACCGAAAUGUCCAAAUUUAUUAACAUAUGAAGAAGAGAAAAUCACAUGUACGGAAGGAAAGAGCUUGUAUUUAAAGAUGCUGAAUUAUAAUGUGACAAUUGAUGCAAACAAGGAUGUUGAAGGAAUUGCUUUUAGUCAAUAUCCAAGACCUGACAUCUAUCCAUCGAAACUUCCCGAUAGUGAUCAACCAAAAUUGAAAGAAAUUAAGGUUAUGGGAUAUAGUGUUAGGACAAGCAGAUUUCGAUAUACAGCAUGGAUUAAGUUUAACAAUAAAAAGUUUAAAAGAAAUUGGGAAAAAAUAUUUGGUGAGGAACUCUACGACCAUAGCUUUGAUCCUGACGAAAACAUAAAUCUGGUAAACAGAAGUCCAGAAUUAAAUCAAAUUAAGGAACAGUUAAAAAAGCAGAUGAUGAAAAAGUUUCCUUGACGAAUAUUCAAAUCUGGUGGCUUGCAUCGGUUAAAUGUGAGGAUUCAUUAAAUUGAUCAAUGACGUCAUGCCUUCAGAGCUCGAUGAUGACUUAAGUCAGUUGAAUACUUUUGGAACUCAAGUUGACUUUAGUUAAAGAUGAUUUAGAGCAGUGUUGUCCAAACUUUU